AUGUUUCAAGAGUUACUCGCCUUAGCGUUCGUGGCCUACCUGUGCCCACACGCCCACACUCUCGGCACCCAAUGCGGUGGCAAAGACCUACCCCACAGCCCCCAAAAGGACCACUGGCUCCGGGUGCUUAAACACGAGGAGCUAGCUCCAUUUAACAACAACCCUGGUAGUUAUAAGGUGUUCCGUAACGUCAAGGACUACGGCGCUAAGGGGGACGGCGUCACCGACGACUCCCUGGCCAUCAACCUGGCUAUUAGUGAGGGCGACAGGUGCGGCAUAACGUGCCCGUCCAGCACCAUAGCGCCGGCCAUCGUGUACUUCCCGCCCGGAAAGUACCUCAUCUCCCAAACCCUACUCCAGUUCUACUUCACUCAGUUCAUUGGCGAUGCCAUUGACCUCCCGGUGCUAAUCAUGGACCCCAAGUUCACGGGCAUCAACGCCAGCGCACUCAUAGCGUCCAAUAAGUACGUGUCGGGCGACAUACCGGUGUGGGUCCAGCAAAACAACUUCUACCGUCAGAUCCGUAACUUUGUUAUAGACCUGACCCGAGCCCCGCCGGACAAGGAGGCGACGGCUAUUUUCUGGCAGGUGGCCCAGGCUACUAGUAUUACGAAUGUGCAUGUUAAAAUGAGCACGGCACCCGGUAAUAAGCAUCAGGGUCUCUGGAUGAACGAUGGCAGUGGUGGCUAUAUGAGCGACUUGACGUUUGAUGGUGGUAAUAUUGGUAUGUGGAUAGGCAAUCAGCAGUUCACCUCGCGCAAUAUUACCAUUCGUAAUGCAAAUACGGCUAUUUGGUUGACCUGGGUAUGGUCAUGGACGUUUAAGGGCAUUAAGAUUGAAAACUGUAAAACAGCUAUCGACAUAACCAACAUCGAUGGGACCACCAAGGAGAUCUUAACCGACUCGCUACUAGUCAUGGACUCCGAGAUAACCAACACUCCCAUCGGUAUACUGACCAUACGUAACGCCACCUCCAAACCCGUGUCGGGUGCCCUGGUGCUCGACAACAUAAAACUGAGCAAUGUACAAAAAGCGGUAGCCAGGCCUGACGGGUCCACAGUCCUAGAGGGAGGCACUAAAACCAUCGACUCGUGGGGUAUGGGCCGGUUCUACGACACCCAGGGUAAGGGUGCCUACAAGGAGGCUAACCUACCGGUGCCCCCAAAACCGGCGGUCCUAUUGGACAGUAAUAAACGAUUUUUCGAGAGACCAAAGCCUCAGUACACAGACGUAGCUAUGGCUGACUUUAUUAGCGUGAAGGCUGAAGGUGCCAAAGGGGACGGUAGUACCGAUGAUACCAAGGCUAUCCAAGAGACCCUGAGCAAGUGGGCGGGCUGUAAGGUUAUAUACUUCCCGGCGGGUGACUACGUGGUCAGCGACACGGUGUUGGUGCCCGAGGGCUCCCGUAUUAUCGGCGAGAUAUGGUCCACGAUUAUGGCUACCGGUGCCAAGUUUGCCAACGCCAACGAACCCAUACCUGUGUUCAAAAUAGGCAAUCCCGGGGAUAAGGGUAUCGCCGAGAUAUCGGAAAUGAUGUUCACGACCUUAGGUCCCGUUCCCGGGGCUAUCAUACUUCAGAUCAACCUUAAAGAGUCGGUUCAGGGAGGGGUCGGCCUAUGGGACGUGCACUUCAGAGUAGGCGGCGCUAAGGGCACUAAAUUACAGACCGAUACCUGCAAAAAGGGGGUGGCGGCUAAGCCGGAGUGCAUGGGUGCUUUUAUGAUGCUACAUAUCGCACCUACAGGCUCAGCCCUAUUAGACAACGUGUGGGCCUGGGUGGCCGACCAUGACAUCGAUGGCCCCUCACAGAUAUCCAUAUUUAACGGGAGGGGUAUUCAUAUCGAGUCGACGGAGGGUCCGGUAUGGCUGUACGGGACGUCUAGCGAGCACUCCGUCUUCUAUCAGUACAGUAUAGCCAACGCUAAGAACGUAAUGAUGGGUACCAUACAGACCGAGACGGCCUACUAUCAGGCCUAUCCGCCCGCCCCACAACCCUUCACACCCCUACCCAAGUGGUCGGACCCGGACUUUAGUCACUGCGAGAAGGGGUCGGUUACCUGUCCCAUGGGAUGGGGUCUCAGGAUUUUCAACUCGGAGCACGUGUACGUGUAUGGGGCCGGGCUGUAUAACUUUUUCCAGAACUAUGACCAGGGUUGCCUUAAGGUAGAGCACUGUCAGGACAGUAUGGUGUCCAUCGAGAAGUCCCCGAAAAAUGUGUUCAUUUAUAACUUGAAUACUAAAGCGUCGGAUAAUAUGGUGAGUGUUGACGGACAGAGUCGUGUGAAACAGGCGGACAAUAGGGCGGCGUUUGUGUCGACUAUCGGCGGAUUUUUCUGA